UAAUUAUAUAUCAUUUCUUAUCAUGACUAAAAAACACUGGCAUUGACAAAGUCAGCCGAUUAUUAGUGGGGUAAAACAAAUCUGUACAGCCGACGUGAGCGAAACAGCAUUGUUUCUCUUACUUUAGAGGCCAUAAUCGGGUACGUGUCGAAUAAGCCUGAAUUUUCCUUCUUGGUGUCACGUAAUACCCAACUAUCUGCCGACGCUGUUCAUGGGGUCAAGACUUGUGUACUUGAGUUGAGCGUAAACUGACAAUGUUAUGUAUUGACGCCCGUCUGUAAACAUUUCUGUUCGUCAUUUUCCACUUUUUAUUCUCGCCUGCCACCUAAAUCAAACACGUUAAGGUGGAUUCAAAAUGCGUUGUCUUGAAGUUCUUGUACUUGCCUUGUGUGUAGCAACAUUUACUUCCGCUGGGGGUCAUCAACCCCGUCAUCAACAUACGGAUGGUGGGACACAGCCAGGAUCGUUUUUACGCCGUUUAUUUAUCAAGUACAGCGGCGUUAGAAACGGAUCUCUAGAUAUGGAAAAGCUGUUAAAUGGGCUCCAAAUUGGCUAUAAGAGGACAAGCGCAAAUGGUGGACAGGGGGAUAAUAAGUGCUUUUCUACAUCAUCUUUGCUUGCCGUCUAUGGUCUGAACGAGACCCUCGUCAAUGAAACUACGUUCGCCCGCGUUUGUCCAGCGGUUGUACAACAAGUCAGCAACCAAGCAUGCCACAGGGUAGGGGGAGAGAAACGCGACGAUCACGUGUUCAAGGAGCCCGAACUCAAAGCAUGGGGCUACGGUUUUCUAGCCACCACCAUAGUAAACAUAGCACCCCUGAUCGGAGUCACGGUGGUACCGUUCAUGAGCGUCGCCGUCUAUAAGACCGUCUUGCUGUUCAUGGUUUCUCUGGCCGUGGGGGUCCUGUGUGGUGGCAGCGUCUUUCAUCUCAUUCCUAUGACGUACGGCCUUAGCAGCCAUAGUGAUGACGGCAAGGGUAGCCAUGACUAUCUGUACCGCACCGCGGUGUUAGUGGGCGGGGUCUAUCUAUUUUUCGUGAUGGAGUACCUGCUCAGGAUGUACGUCCGAUUUAAUGACAACGCAGAGACUGGUCCGUCCGGCGGACAUGGCCACUCCCAUCAGAUAUUGCCGUUGUUUAAGGGUGAUAAGCACACAAAGGAUGCUGCCGAUAUUCAAGAUGAAUUUUACAACGUCCGGGAAGACCACUGCCACGCCCACUCCAAUAGCCUGUGCACUAGCGUUGAAGUCAAUAACAUCCCGGUACCGGCGGAGCCUGGGGAGAGAGACUCUGUCACCAUUUUUACAGUUGAGGAAGCUGCCGAUGUCACAAAGACUACGAAGUCUACGGAAAAACUCACAAUGCCGGCAAAGAGAAAGGUCAAGCCGAUUGCAUGGACCAUCGUUAUCGGAGACUGUGUUCAUAACUUCAUUGACGGCGUGGCUAUCGGCGCUGCGUUCUCCAGCUCAUUAGUGGAGGGGAUAAGCACAGCUCUUGCAAUAAUAGGCGAGGAGGUGCCGCACGAGUUAGGUGACUUCGCCGUUCUUCUGAGCUCCGGCAUGAAGUAUCGACACGCCGUGUUGUUCAACCUGUUGUCAGGCGUUAUUUGCUACACGGGGCUUGUCCUAGGGCUCUUACUAGCCUAUGCUACCGCCUCAGUACAGUGGAUAUAUGCCAUCGCGGCAGGAAUGUUUCUCUAUAUCUCGCUUGUGGAUAUGCUACCAGAAGCCAACGAGAUGUCGUGUAAGGAAGGCGAGCACUCUGUCUGGUCGAACCUGAAGACAUUUGCUGUUCAGAACAGUGGCAUGCUUGUCGGCUUCAGCAUCAUGCUGGUGUUGGCGAUCUACGCACAUGACAUAGAGUUGUAAACCCACAACCAUGGACAUGCGAUAGAAGUGGCUGUUCCUUUUUUUUUAUUUAUGACUAAGAAUUAGCUGUGAUGAAUUUUUUCACAAAUCAAGUUAUCAACUAAUGGAAGGUGAAAUGAUUCUGUAUAAGUUAUGAUCUGUAUUUA